GGCCUGAGGCCAAACAAAGCCGUCCCAAAUGCCGUCUCGACCUCCAAUUUCUCUCUGCAACCUAGAUUCAGAAGAAUCGGAGAGAUGGGAGUUGGAUUCGUGGUCGGGGUUCUUGGCUGCGUUAUUCUUGUCGACGCCGCCUAUUCAGCCAUCCAAUAUAGAGGCAUGCUGAAGAUCAUGGAGGAAGAGUUCUCCGGUCCUCCGAUGAAUGUUGUGGUGGAGCUACUUCUGGGGUUAGCUCUGUGCAUGUGGGCGGGGCUGGCCGUGCCCGCGAAGUUUCUCUCCAUACUCCCCGAUUCGGAAGAGAACAGGAUUGUUUCUUUACCGGCCAACCUGGACUUCAUGAUAUUCAAUCAUCGUGGCAAAGUGUUACCAACCAAUACAGAGUUGAAGUUGAAGGUGCAGGCUUUCUAAUAAUUCUGAAAAUCCUGAUUUCUUCCAAUGCCUAAUUGAGGGAUGUUAUCAGAAAUUAGGAGUUAGUUAUACGUCUCGGAACAAAUGUUGCACCCUUUUUAUUUUUAAUUUGCUCCAUUAGUUGUUUUGAUUGUUGAAGACCGAAACAACUGUUCCUUUGAAACACAGGGAGCUUGUGUUACAUGUUUGAAAUAGCGGUUUCGUAUUUAUUUGGUUAUGAGGUGAUGUUCAUCGAUAAUAUUUGUGCAAUGUACAACUUUUUAAGAAAGUGGACGCCUAGUUCACUGA